AUGUAAAAUUCCAAGAUGGAAACACCUACGUUGUUGGGGGAAAUGUAAAGAUAAAAUUUUAGUGUUCUGAGGCGAAAUAAGAAGUUCAUGGCAACGUGACUCUCUGUAUAUGGAGAUAAUGAUGUAUUUAUUUCGAGUAAAUCAUCUUAGAUGACUGUUAACAAUGCAACCGUUCAAUUUAGCCAGUGUUUUACGACGUCCGGGUUUACUGUACAAGCACCUUGUUCAGUCCUUCAGGAAUAUACAACAUGAUUGUACUUCAUUCAACAUCAAACGCGUGGCACUUGUUUCAAAGAUGACAAGAUAUGAGUUUUUAAAAUCUACAUAUAAAGAUUUAAGCGAAGGAGAAUUGAAAAAACACUUGGAUAGCAUUAGGUCUGAUUAUGAAUCCCUUCAUCAACUCCAUGUAAACCAUUACAAAUGUGUUGACUUGAUACACAGAAUUUUGAAACAGCAUAGUAUAGAGACCAGGGUUGUGAACAGAUUCCAGUAUAAUGAGGAGGUUGUUAACUGGGCAGAUUUGAUCGUCACUGCUGGCGGCGACGGCACAUACCUGUUGGCAGCCAGUAAGAUCAAAGUCAAGGACAAACCGAUCAUAGGAAUUAAUACCGACCCUAAAAGAUCAGAAGGAUAUUUGUGUCUCUCAAAAAAGCAGUUUCCUGCAGAAAACUUUGGAGAAGCAGUGAAACGCAUCCUCGAAGGGAAAUUCAAAUGGAAGUGGCGCCACCGUAUUCGUGUUACUAUGUCAGGCUUCCACCAAAAUGACGAGCCUGUUGCUAUUCAUGACCAGCAACUUUUGUACCCUGAAUACAGGUUUGAGGAGCACAUCAAGGAGGCUGAAUCUCAUUUCGGGGAGGAGCUUGAGCAGAGGCUACACAUUCAAGAAAUGCCACCCCGGGUACUUCCCAUCUUAGCUUUAAAUGAAGUCUUCAUUGGUGAGGCUCUGUCAGCAAGGGUGUCUUAUUAUGAAAUCAAGAGGGAUGAAGAGCCCAGUAUGAAACAGAAGAGUUCUGGGAUCACUAUAUGUACAGGGACUGGCUCUACAUCCUGGUUCUUCCAUAUAAACCAUCUCCCAAUAGAGGCUGUCAAAGAUAUACUUGAAAUAACGAAGCGCCUGACCCAUUGUGAAGUUGAUCUAACUGAUCAAAAGCUGAUGAGUAAGGUUGCCUCAGAAUUUAACAACUCACUCAAAUUUUCUCCUGAUGAACCUCGAAUGGCUUACACAGUCCGAGAUCCCAUUGUGAAUGGUGUAUUUGAUGCUAUACGACAACAGAGAGGCUUUGCUACGAGGAUCAAGAUCAACUCCCGAAUGUGGGAUGGCACACUUGUGAUAGACGGAGAUUCCUCCUUUCACUUCAAUGAUGGAGCUGUGGCUACUAUGGAAAUGCUGGAGUCUGAUGCACUACUGACAAUUACACUUGACUGAGGAGCAAACAUUCUUAUCAAUUUAUCUCAAUUAAAAGUAAUAUAUUUUAACUGAGAAAGAUGGCUUUACUUUUCACUGUAUCUUAUAUAGACAAUUAAAGAAGAACUGAAUAUACCUUCACAGCUUGCAUAUGUAGUUGACUGAAGUUCAUACAUAUGUUCAUCAAUGGAGCAAUUUGUGAAGGAAGAAAGUGUCCAUGACUAUUAUGUUACCUAGUACAUGUACUAGUCAUUGUUGUUACAUGUAUGCUUGUUAAUAGGUACAAACACUAUAUAUCCCCGGUAAACAGUGCUUUUUCUAAACGGACAUUGAAAUUUUACAUUCUUUAUCAAUACAUCUAGUUUGAUAUGUGGUACCCUUUAAUAAAACUAGGAGUAAUAACUGAAGGUUCAUCACUUCAGCUUCAUAAGCUCAUUUAUUCCAGGUGUGAUCAUCUUGAAAAUAAUUCUUUAAAACUUUAAGACAUACCUCAUAGAACAUGUUUUGUUAGGACAUUCCUUAUUAGGAUAUGACUUAUUAUGGCAUUCCUUAUAAGGAUAUACCUUAUUAAGACAUGACUUAUUAGGACAUACCUUGUAAGAACAUGACUAAUUAUAAAGAUAUGAUUAAUUAGGGCAUUCCUUAUUAAGACAUAUUUAUUAGGACAUACAUUAUUAGAACAUAACUGAUUAGGACAUUCCUUAUAAGGAGAUACCUUACUAGAACAUUCCUUAUUAGGACAUGGAUUAGACUAACACUUUAAGAAUCAUAAAUGAAGUCGGAUAACAUAAAACUUCCAUGUAAAAUAAACUACAUAAUGCAUUUGUA